AUGACAAUGAACACCCACCAUCACCACCAUAACCACCAUCCCGCCCCGGCCGGCGGCAGCGGUGCUUCCGAUGCAGCCGCUGCCCUCAAGGGCGCAAACCUCGCCUUCAACAAGACGAAGCCGAAGCCCAUCCCGCCCCCGAAACCCACCGCCGGCCGCCGCCGCGGAGCAAGCCUCAUCGCCACGUCCACGGCCUCGAACUACGACCGGAGCACGAGCACGAGUCCGGUGCAGCGCCAACACACAGGGACGAGCCUCGCCACGACGCCGGGCGACAGGGACCGCUUCGGCCGCGACGGGACGGCGGACAUGCGGGACCGGCUGUCCAACUUCAUUGCCUCGAGCCCCGCCGCGACGUCGGCGUCGCACCUGACGCCGCACACCAGGCUCGACCCCAAGAGCCCGAGUUACAUCGCCGCGACCCUGGCCGCGUCGCGAAGCGCGUCGCCGAGCCCACAGCCACACGCGAGCCCUGGCUCCCUGACGCCCGCGCAGCUGAACCAGCUGCACCAGAUGCAGAAUGCCAGGUUCAGCAGCGGCAAGAGAGGCAGGCGUGGGAGCGGGGGGUCGUCGAGCGUAGUCAGCAGUCUCGAUUUGCCGGACACGAGCUCGAUACCCGCGACGGGGCAUCUGAUCACCAUGUUUGAGGGGGGAGGCGAGGACGUCGACCCCGUCAAGCGGAGCGGUGGGGAGGUCGCGAGGCCCAAGGUGCGGCCGCUGACGCCGGAGAGGGAGCUUAGUCCGUCGAGGGCAAAGGCGGCAAGGAUGGGGAUCGUGGAGGAGGAGGAGGGGCCUGGCGUGCAGAAGCCUGUAGUGCCGAAGCCGAAGCCCAGGGUGAAGCCGCGGCCCGUAACGCCUACUUUGGUUGCUGAGAAGGAGUCUACGGAGGAGGUUACGCCGCAGCAGAAGAAACCCGUGCCGAAGCCCGUCAAGCCGCUGCUGUCGCCGGCCAGGGUCACUCACAAGCGGUCCGAGUCCGAGCAGCUACCGCCAGCCAGGAAGACACAGCCUACCAUCACAAUGUCACCGAUACCUUUGGAGGCGCCAGGGGUUCAGCCUAAGUCGCAGCUCACGCGGGUUCCCAUUACACAGACCACGAGACCAGAGUCAAAGGCGCCCCCGGCCACCCCCGAGCCGAGGAGGUCGCGGCCCAAGGCUCAGCAAGCCGCUCCCAGCUCACCGCCCGUGGUCAAGCGCGUAGAGACGGAGGUCGUCUCCCCCAAGCCGACGAGACCGGCGUCCAAGGCCAAGCCGCGGCCUCCGACGCCUCCCCAGCCGCGGGGCAAUGGUGGGAAAUCAAGGGAGCCUGACGCGCCGCCCUUGGCCAAACCUCGAAGCAUGGCAUCAGUUUACGGUCAUGGUCCACUCCAGGAGCCUCGGCGUCGCCCUGAAUCCGAGGCUCGGCCUUCUACUGCCGAUACGAGCUCUUCCAACGACACAUUUGUAUCGGCCGAGUCGGGUCAGACAGCCGUACCCGAUCACAGCCUAGCACGGGCAUCUCCCCAUCCAGCGCACUCCGCCCAGAGCACCCCAGGGCGCUCCUCGGCGAACAGCUCGCCAAGCCGCACAACCCCGCGACGCACGCCCGCCUCCUCCAAUGCGAACCUGCCCCUGAACGCCCUCUCCAACGCAAUCAUGGCCGGGUCCCUCGCCGCGGCCCGCCUGACGCCCUCCAACACGGGCAACUCGACGCUGUCCCCGCCCCCGCUGCCAAACCGCACCAAGUCCCCGCGCAUGCGGCAGACGCUCCGCCAGCCGCCGUCCAAAUCGGACGACGAGGACGAGAUCCGCAAGAAGAAACACCAGCGCGCCAGCAACAAGCACUCGCACCGCGAGGGCGCGCGCCGCCGCUGGCGCGACGAAAUCACCCUCCGUGAGCGCCGUCGCUACGAAGCCGUGUGGGCGAGCAACCGAGGCGUGUUGCUGACGCCCCCGUUGCAAGCGUCCGGGACCCCCGCGCUGCCGCCCGACGCCGCCGCCGAUUGCGUGGCCAACGUCGUGGCGCGGGAGAUUUGGCGCCGCUCGCGGCUGCCGGCGGAGGAGCUCGCCGAGGUGUGGGAUGUCGUCGACCGCGGGCGCAGGGGGAUGCUCAGCAAGGCGGAGUUCGUGGUGGGCAUGUGGCUCAUCGAUCAGAGGCUCAGGGGACGGAAGAUCCCGGCCAAGGUGAGCGCGAGUGUGUGGAACAGCGCGCAGGGUGUCAACGUGCCGCCGCCCAAGGCGAAGAAGUGA